GAAAGUAAGAAAGUGAAAGUACAGUAUUUGUUAGCAGAGAGGCAGAUUUGAAAUCCGACACAGGUGACGAAGGAAGUUUCAGAGGUAGCAGGAUCCUACUGCUCUUUGGCACAGCACAAUAUGAUUUUGUCAGCUAAGGAUGCCUUAGUUUUGGCAAGGAACAGGGACAAGCUGCCAAAGAAAGUUUUUGUGACUUUGACUGGCACAGUUACAGCACAGAGUGAAAUAAUAAGGAUGAAGCCUGGCUAUCUGUUCAUCAUUGAAGUAGAACAAAAACUUACCAUUCUUGUGAAGGAAUGUGUCUCGACAUGGUUUCAAGGCAUCAUACCUACAAAAUCCUAUGUUUUCAAGGACCUUCGUCUUACCACACUGAAAAAGGGUGUUGCUUCUCCAUGCCCUGUGUUUGCAGUACAGGGAGUAAGUUCUUUCUGUGAAGCUGACAGUGUUGAGAAAUUCGACACAGUGUCACUCGAGGAAUGGCUUCAAGGUACAUGUCCGGGGCAGCAAGUCUCUUUUGAUGAUCAGAUUUGCAGUGAUGAGCCAGAACACCUUGCUGCUGACCUUGUGAGCUACCAGGGUCGCAUUUCAUCAGUUCAUGAUGCGAAGUAUGGCAUAUACGGCCUGGAUGACAAAAUCAAAUUGGUCUUGUACACAAUCACCAACCGGCACAUUGGGUGUGAACUGGUACUGAACGAUGAAGUCACAAUUUACAACGCACAUCUGAUCAAGGAACGUCAUCAAAUCACCUUGGUAUGUUGUGUCAAAAGCUGCAUAAAAAUCAACAGUUUGUCCAGUGGAUCUUCCCACUCUGACCAAGAGACAAGCAGAAAGGAUCCAAUGAAAGAAGACAAAUCGACCAAAAGCUAUGACCUGACAGUAUUUAGUUUAAAUUUGAAAGAGACUGAUACAGUAGCGCAGUUGAAGAAGGAACUCAGUCGAAAGGGCAGGUGCACUGAUUCACAAGACAAGAUUAUUUCAUGUUUCUUGAGAAGUGAUCUCUGCCCUGGUGUACAAGAAGACAGGUUCACACCUUUAGAUAUUUUUAUUCAGCAACAUGACGUGGCAUGUCCCUUUUUACCAUCAAAGAAGGAUCUAUACAGGCUUCCAGAGAUCUUGGAGCUUGCUAGUGAAGUGGAAAAGAUAAGUACCCAGAGAAAGUAUCUUGCACCUGAAGAAAGCAGCAGCAAAAAAUCUUCACAUUUGAGAGAUACUGCCUCGGUUAGCAGAGUUCACAGUUAUGAAGAAAAUGAGGUUUUCUUUGGCUCAAUAUCUGGCUCUGCCUCAGGACCUGCAUUGUUCAGCGAUGGUCACAAGUCUCUGCCCGUCGUUCUCCUACUUCAAAAUGUUCUUAGGGAUACUCAGAGUGCUGUGAAAGACUUGUCCACGGACAGUUGGAAUCAAGUGAACAUUGAGGGGCACUUAGGGAAGAUACACACAUGCUCACAUAGGUGCUAUCUGUCUCUUGAACCUAAAAAUAUGAUCAGAUGUCCCAUUCUCAGUUCAGGCAUAGCUGGAAAACUGAUAUGUGUGAAAAACUGUAUUCUUGUGGUGGAAGAACCUGGGGGGACCUUCGUAAAUCCGGCACAUGCCAGAGGACAGGAAGGCAAACCUUCCUCUUUUGUGUACAUCGCCUUUUGUUUGUUGGACUGUGCUUUGGUGGAAAAGAUGUCGGAGAACAUUGCAGAGAAAAAAUGGUUACCUCUACAGUCCAAAGAAGCAGCCCUGUCAGAAUGGCUCUUUGAGGAGGAGAACUCUGUUUCAUGUGUUCUGUAUGUGUCAAAGAAAUUGCCAUUAGUAGUGGAUGAAGAGAGAAAGGGUAAUAGAGAACAGUUUGUUUUCAAACUAGAAGGCUGUUUGUUUAAACCUGUGACUGGUAAGAGGAAACUAGAAGCGUCUUCUGAUAAAAAAGUCGCCCUUUCUGCUCAGAGGUCUGUCACAUUUUGUCUCUCAAAGAAGGCUUCACGGUGGCAUAGUUUUAUCUCUUCUGGAGAGAUGUAUAGACUUUCUGCUCCUAAAUCUCAAAAUGGAAACUGUGCAGAUUUUCAAUCCACCUUUUUAAGUAAGGAACAUGAAAAAGGAAUGCGUAUGCACAAUGUGACAUUGGAAAUUGCAGUUUCCUCAGCAGUUAACCUGGUCAGGAUCAACCCAGGAUCCUGGCACUUGGACAAAAGUGUUAUGAAGUUUCCAGAAUUUGCAACGGUUUCGCAGGUUCAGGUUGGAUUCCCACAGUCUGUUGUGUCAUUUCUAGGAGUGAUAAUCAAGAAAGAAUACAUUGACCCUGGUUUUCAAGAUUUCAAUGGCCCUGUCAUAAAAAAUGUCAAACUUGAGAUAGUAGGCAUUGACCUGAGAUGUGAUGGAACAAGUGGGGAUGCUUCGCCUUUGAGUAUCUAUGUUGAUGGCUGGAGAAAACCGUACAUUGUUGGCCUUGUACCAGGAGCUGUGGUUGAAUUCAUCCAUCUUCAACGAAAAGUUUCAAAGAAAACAGGGAAUGCAUACUGUCGAUUCCAAGAUGUUUCGACUUUUAAAGUCAUCACAAUGCUGGACACUCCCAUUAUUGAGAGAAUUUUAAGUUCUUUAGAACACAGUUGGGAAGAUUGCUUUGAUACUGCUUCAAGAGAGCUCCUCAUCAAUUUGUGGACUGGUGACGUUCAAGAUAAAAAAGCUGGACAGGAAUGGCUCAUUCAAUGCCACAUCGGCUUUGUGUUCAAACUGUCUAUCAAGUGUGUGUGCCGUCGGUGCAAGGGCGUGUUCCACAGUGGCAUGUGUCAGAGCCGAGGGUGUGGGAACGUGUCCAUGUCCGAAAUCGUUGCCAAUGCAAGUGUUUUAGUGGAUGACGGAUCAUGCCAGGCCUGUGUCAAACUGUGGAGCGUGGACCACGUUCGCCAGCUUCUCACACUGACAGAGUCCCAGUGGAGUGACGUUGUGGCUGGGGUGGAAGCUCAGGGAGAGAUUUUACUCACAAAUAACAAUCAGUGGAGCUGUCUGUCUGCCAUUGAGCAUUUCUUAUGCCAGCUUGUCAGGAGUCUGCUUGUCUUGCGUCCUUGUCUUAUGGUGGUGAAGCGAAGUGAACACUCUCCAAAUGCUGCAAGUGUUAAUGCCAUGCCAGUCCAAGACUUCCAGAAGAAAGAGGUGAAAAUAGGUUAUGGUUCCUGCAUGACACUGACAUCUCCAUUGCAGUUUGUGAACUGUGUCGGAAUCAGAGACAUUUGUUGACAGAUCAGUGGGUUUGGACAAUGACACUUUGUGAGUGAGUUGUGCUGACGAUGGAGAUUUUAAAAAAUGUUGACAAGUGGGUUAAUAUUUUUAGGAAGACUGUAAUUCGUAAUUUAGAGACCAUGUAUUGGUGGGUGUAUGUACAAAGGCUGCCUCUUUAUAUAUAUAUAUAUCUACGAGAGAACCUGUACUUAUUUGUCGGUUUGCCCAUUCCCUGUUUGUUUUUGUAGCAUUUAAUUUUUAAUUUCAUAUUUAUAUUUUACUUUUAGUCUGGUAUAUUGCCUUACUUAAUGGAAGAUUGAUCAGCGAUAGAAGUGCUAUGUUUCUAAGCUUUGACUUGUCUUAUGCAUAUAUGUCAACACUGCGACAUGUGUCUUUCAAUGUGUCUCCCAUUAUUCUGUAACAAUGACCUUGAUGGGACUGGGGUGUACAGACAGGUCUGUGCCUUGAAAUAAACAAAUAAGCGAAUGAUGAACAUUUAAAUGGUGCUCACUAUAUGCAUUUAUUGAGUCCAAACCUGCUAUGUAUCUAAUACAGAUUUGCACAGUUUGCUAUUUGAUUGCCUAGAGUGUAAGUGCACUUAAUUUUUUCUUAUCCACCCUGGCAAACCAAUAAAUGAAAUGUUUUGUGAGGUGAAUGGACUAGUUUUGAUACACUGAAAUUUUGCUCGAGGCUGCUACUGGUACCGGGCACAGUUUAUGCCAGUUUUCCCAACAUUUAUUGAUAUGAUUUUGUGCUGUUACUUUUGUUUGCUGGAUUAAUGUAUGAGGUUUAUGAAGCAUGGAAUUUCCAUGUAGCUUGUGCAUUUCCUCUUGCAAAUCCUCCUUUUGACACUGUCUGACCUUGAGUCUUUCUUCUGUCCUGAACAAAUGUCAGGAAAAUGUUUGAAUCUUUGAAUGGAGAAAAAUGUUAAAAACGGUGGUUGUGAUUGUAUACCUGAGUCUUUCAUUUAAAGUUGAUGAUAUUUUUAUUAUUAUAAGAAUGGUCACAUUUGCAGAUAUUGAUUUGUUGGAUUCGAUUUUGUGUCUUUCAAGCUUGACGAGAUGUCAUAUAUUGCAGUUAUUGCCCUUAUAUCUGUUCAGAAAUGUUCAGCAUUUACUUGCUUUUGUAGCUGUAGUCUUUGACAAAGCUACACAUUUGCUCCCCCUAGAACUUCAGGAUUAAAGUUGAAGGAUGAAAAAGGAAUGCAAGUGAAGUUUGAGAAAUAGAAAACAUUUUGUUAUCAAAAUAAGGUAACAUUUAGAGAGUUUUCCUCAAGUAAAGUGGGUGUAAGUGAGAAGUUGCUCAAGGAAUUAUUGAAUGAUGAUGGAAUAAUUUACCAGGUCUUUAGGUAGUAAUAGAUUACUAAAUGUGUUGAUACUGAUUAUGUGUUAGGGUUUUGUAAAGUCAUUGAACUUCUGUCAUCCUGGUUAUUGUUCUAGAAAUGUGAGAAAAAGUUUGUCAAAGUUUUAUUUUAUACUCAUUUAUAAUUGUUAGAAAUGACAAUGUCCUGUGAAAUUGUAAAGACAAUAUUUAUAACUUUGUUUUUUUUUAUGGUACACCUUUAUCUCCUAUUUAGGUUCUCCAGUCUAGUCACUGUUAGUUACAAACUUGACACAGAUGCAACUGGUUUGGAGUUAAACCUGUUUGGAAUUAGCAUUUUUUAAAAAUAGGAAAAUGACCCUUUCUCAGACCACAAGAGACUAAAGUAAGCACACAAAAUUGCUUGAAGGGCAGAUAAAACUGGACCCCUACUUGAUAUUGAACAGUAUUGUAUGUUGUGUGUAAAGCCUAUUUCUGACGCUUGUUGAGGUGGAGCUUCUUCCACCUUAUUUUGCUCACAGUUAACACGGAGCCCAACAUGGACCUUAGACAAAGCUUAUAAAAGUCUUGGUCUUUUAAGAUAUUUUAUUUUUUUAGGUAAAGUGAACUUCAUCUUUACUAAUUUUACGCAACUGUAAACUAGUCAGGUAUAUAGAACAGAUAUCAUUGAAACAAUUUGCCAAACAAAAGGAAAUGUAAAAGUCUAAGGUGAUUAUUAGUUUGAAUUUUUGAGAUUGGUGAGGGCCUUGGAAAAGAUUCCUUUAAAGACACCUCCAAAAGUGUCUUCAACUUCAUGUCAUGUUGUUUUGUGGCAGCAGUGUAAUGAUAGCAGAAAACUACAAGCAAACACUGUUGUUUUGUACAGUAGUUGGAAGUGUAUAUCAAAGCUGGGACUACCCCCCACAAGGGCGGUGCUACUGACUGAAGCUGUCUUUAGGCCAUUCCCAAAGGGGGGAUAUAUUAUUAACAUGUUCU